GAAAAUAUUGAGACGAGUCAGCAGUCUCUAUCAUACCAACAGAAAUCUUCUUCAAAAUCCUCGAAUUCUGUUACACAAUCUUCCAGCCAAAUUACACAAUCUUCCAGCCAAACUACACAAUCUUCCCAAUCUUCCAGCCAAAUUUUGGAAUCUUCCCAAUCUUCCAGCCAAAUUAUACAAUCUUCCCAAUCUUCCAACCAAAUUAUGGAAUCUUCCCAAUCUUCCAGCCAAAUUAUGCAAUCUUCCCAAUCUUCCAGCCUGAACGCUUCCAACAUUCAAGAAACCUCAUCAAGAAGUAGAAAUGUAUCAGGUGGUAAUGGGACCGUGCUGCAAGGAAACCGAUUUAAUAUCACGAAUGGACUCAAAAGAAGUUCCAGAGUCCAAUCAGAAGAAAAUCUCAACAAACAAAACACAGCUCAAGAUCUGACUGUAGGAUCAGCAUUCAAGAUUUUAGAUUCAGCACUUCAACAGUAUGCUUCACACCAGCAGAAACAACAAGAUCAGAUAGAAUAUGUGGCCAAGGUGUCUAGCAGGCAAACUUCAAGGAAAUGUUCCCUUGUUCCUGGAUCAGGUUGUGAAGAUGUAACAACAGUUACUGUAUCUCUACCCCCCUCCAGGAACACCAGCAGGAUUAACAGUAGAAGAGGCAGCGUAGACAUUGGGAAAAGAUCCAGACGGAACUCCCUGGAUAUAUUUACAGCUGAGUACAGUGUAAAGAUGGCACAAGGGAACAAGGUUGAUUCAUUGCAACAAAAAACAGCAUUCCAUAUGAAGGUUGACAAUAAGGAUGAAUCUGAUCUUAAACUUUGUGGACGCUGCCAUCUUCCAACUCAUAAUACUGCGACCUGUACCGAGUACAACAACUUGUUUUGUCCUCGAUGCUUGUCCUGGGAGCACUGGGAGGAUUCUUGUCCUAUUCAGGACCAGGAUAUUAACUGUUCAAGAUGUAAUUAUAUCGGGCAUCUUGAGGAGGUCCAUGAUGUAACUAACGUUCAUCAACGACGUACUUGUGUUGACCACCUGGGCUGGGAACCAUUUCAAACAUGGUUUUAUGAACCGGACUUUAGAAACUGGUGGCAAGUAACAGGGUGUGUUGGUGUCCCCCUGUACAGGGUGUAUCCUAGAAAAUCUGAAUGGCGGGUCACCCGUCCCAAGGAAACCCAAAAAAGCCCAGGAAAUGUUGGAGGAGUCUCUAAAACGGACAGCGUGGAUGAUAUGAUCGCCCAGUUUCAGGUUCUUAGCCAGCGGAGGGAGUAUAAACACUCAGAGAGCGGAGAUAGCAGUGGGCGCAGUACACCGCUGCAUCUUAAAACAUUUAACAUCGAAGACGAGAGCGGGCAUAAAGCAGGCCGGAAAACACGAACAUAUUCCGAAACUCUUCGAUCCUUAGAUGAGGAUAUUUUAGCAGAGUUGAAUGUUGGAUCCUAGUUAAUUGCAUAUCGGAUAUACCCACAAAGGAUGAAAUCAUAAUGACUACCUAAUAUGACGAUUUGAAGGUUAAAUUUGGUCUUUUCAUUUCUAUGGGUCUACUGAAUGAUAUUG